AUGACUCAAAUCAAUGCAGGAAAAAUCUACAUUGUGGAUUAUGAAAUACUGAAGGGAGUCCCAACAUCCAGCGAUCAGCUCUAUUUGACUGCACCCCUCUGCCUGCUGUACAAGAACAGAUUGGACCAAAUUGUGCCAAUUGCCAUUCAGCUCAAUCAAACCCCAGGGGAAAAGAGUCCAAUCUUUCUCCCGAAUGAUAAUGAAUAUGAUUGGAUGCUUGCCAAGAUGUGGGUGAAAUCUGCCGACUUCAUUGUACACCAGUUGGUCACGCACCUUCUCAAGACACAUCUGAUAUCAGAGGUUUUUCAAAUGGCCAUGCACAGACAGCUCCCUCCAGUCCACCCUGUAUACAAGUUACUGAAACCUCAUGUUCGUUUCACAACUGCAAUCAAUGCAGUGGCUCGUGAAAAACUCAUCAAUGAAGGCGGGAUCAUCACGAAGAUUAGUAGCCUCGAUGGAAAAGGGAUAAAUGAAGUGAUUAGAAGUGCCAUGGAGACUUUAUCCUAUGAGUCCCUGUGCUUCCCUGAGGACAUAAAAGCUCGAGGAAUGGAAGAUGCGCCCAAGUACUAUUAUAGAGAUGAUGGCAUGAAGAUCUGGGAGGCAAUAUACAAUUUUGUGUCUGCUGUGGUCAACAUCUACUAUGACAGCGAUGAGAAAGUUCAAGGAGAUGAGGAGAUUCAAGUAUUUGUUAAGGAUUGCCACACUGGCAUGAACAAAUCUCCCAUCUCUCUGAACACUCGAGAGGAGUUAGUCAAGUACCUGACCGUUGUGAUAUUCAUAGCUUCAGCACAACAUGCUGCUGUCAACUUUGGACAGUUUGAGUGGUAUGGCUGGAUCCCCAACAGUCCUUCCACCAUGCGCAAGCCGCCUCCCGACCAGAAGGGCAAAGUGGACAUGAAGUAUAUCAUGGAGAGUCUGCCUGAUCGUGGACGUUCCAGGACGACUCUAGGAGCAGUUUGGGCCCUCAGUCGCUUCCAGACGGAUGAGCUGUUCUUAGGCACGUAUCCAGAGAUGUGCUUCACAGAGGAACCAGUGAAGGAAGCCAUAAAGACAUUCCGCAAGAAACUAGAAGAGGUGACCAAAGAAAUCAGGAGCCGGAAUGAGGGAUUAACAUUUGGAUUACUUAAUCUCUACAAUAUCAAACUCAACAGUUCUUUUAAGAGCCAACCCUCACAAGAGCUACGAGUGAGUCGCAGCGAAUCCUGCUGUGAACAGCCCUUCCCAGGUUAUCACUUGGUUUUUGACCAAGUGAAGCUCUUGAAACAAGUGACAGAAGAGUAUGUUGUCUUGAAAGAAAUCAAGCAUCAACUAUGA